AUGAAGGUGCUAUUCACGGAUUUGGAUGGGACGUGCGUCCAUUAUGACUGGCCCGAGUUUGGGCAGGUGGCCAGCGAACCCAAUGAGCGUGGCCUCUACCCCUGUACCUCACUGGAUGGCAGCCAGCAGGCGCUCCUGAUGCGACUGCCCCCAUCCACGUCAGGUGCUCAGGGCGUGAUCUCGCUAGAGACGCUGAGGCUGUAUGCCACCUUGCGCCAACUGGGAGUCAAAAUCGUGGUUGUGACGGGGGCCCGCCUGGUGACGCUGCUGGCGCGCCUGCCCUUCAUCCCCGCCGCCGACGCGUUUGUGUGCGAGGGAGGCGGCCGCAUCUUCUACCCCACCGGCCCUCUGGACUACCCCUCAGCUGCGCCGCUGGUGGAGGACAUGGCCUGGCGGCAGCAGCAAGCAGGCGUUGCAGGCCCACCAGGCCAGGACGUGGUACCACCUGAGCAGCGUAUUGGUGCCCUCUGGCAAUUUUAUGCGGCCUUGAAGGUGAAUGCUCCGGCGCUGCACGCAGACGCGUGCAGCUACACGACGGCGUUCCGCGUCAAAGGCCCGGCUGCAGCAGUGGCGGCGGCGCUACAGGAACUGCCGCCUGGGCUGGCCACUGCACUCAACCUGGGGGCCGCUGACGUGUUCCCGGACACUUCUGGCAAGGAGAAUGCGGCCAGGUAUCUCAUGCAGCAUAUGAGGGUGAUGCCACAGGAGUGUGCUUUCCUGUGUGACGACGACAAUGACUUGGGCCUGGCGCACCUGGUGGCCAAGGCCUACUUGCCCGGCAUCACGGCGGACUCGGUGGCGCAGGCGGUGGCACAGACGCCGCAGCAGUUCCAUGUAGCAGUGUCCAAGGGCGUGUUUGCCACGGAGGAGAUCUUGCGGCUGCUCAUUGCGGGGCGCGUGGGACAUCAACGUUAG